UUUGGCUGUGAAAAGGGCCAUGACACCAUGAGGCCAAAUCACUGAAAAUAACUUGUUCUAUACUUAGAAAAAUCUUUUUACUCUCCCUGUGGUCUGUAUUUCUAAACGAACUUGUAUCGUUCGUAACCCUGACGCGAUAUCAGUCUCCGUGAAGCCUCCGAAGCGCGUACAACAGUGGUAUAGUUCUCGUAGAUUCUAUAAAUUUAAUAAAUCAGAUUUUUUUACACUAAUCAGUCAAUUGUUGUUACCAACGUUAUUUUCAAUAAUGGAAACUGAACCGUUAAUUGAUAAAAGCUCUGAUUAUGACGAAAACAUCGGUAGACGCUACAUAUGGAAAAAUAGUCUUGAUUUUUGCAUAUGUUUCAUCAUUUUUUUUUUUUUCGACGCAGCACCGAUGUUGUGUGCGACAAUAAUAGUGACGAGAACCCUAGAAUCAUCUGAAGAAAUUUUCUUCCCGUUUGGAUUGAUGACAUUUACAUUUAUAUUUAUCAAUGUCGUUCGCAUAUCGUUACCAGCAGAUAUAUAUUGGAUGGGAUUGAAAAGAGACGAUUUCCAUAAAUGUUCGUCACUUAAGUUCGACCGCAUUCACGGCAUGGGGGAAUCCGUAGUGAUGAUUCUUUGCGUUCUGACUUUGCCCCUGUGCUUGUUGUCUACUCUGAUGGAUACAUUACCACCACCUGCAGAUCCUCAUGAGGAUCGAAUUCAAAACAAAAUAGUUCUCAUCAUCAUGACCAUAGUUUAUUGCAUAUGGUUGUUUAAUGUCGCAUUUAAAUUGAUGAUUAAAUAUAUGGUAUUUUAUCGAAAUAAACAAAGAUCAAGUUCCAACAGUACAAUUAUAAGACAAAACAUUUUUGACAAUAAGUUAUAUUAUAUUUCCAUAUUCAAAGAUGCGAUAUCUUCUGAUAGAAUAAGUAUGUUCAGAGAAAGAAUAGCCAUCAAAUUAUCGCAAUGGAAUACCAGAGAAAUAAAAACUGAUAAAGAAGAAAAUAGCGGCGACGAAAAAAUGGAUUGCAAUGUUGAUGUAAAUGAUGAUAAUCUUGAUAAUAAUAAUGAUUAUAAUGAUAAUGAUGACAACAUCAUGGUAGAAUCAAGUACAGAAGUACGCAAAGUAGGAGUCGGAUCCGCUGAAUUGAUAACAAAAUUGCUAAAUGUAUGA